AUGGACAAUGAGAAUAUGCUGGCAGCUGCCGCAAAAAUCGUGGCCGCUAUUGCAACUGACCCAUCCUCGUCUCUAGAUGGAUCCAUUAGUACUUCGCUGCGCCUUCCCGGGCCCGAGGGCGCUGCAAAAAGGUCUCUUGAACGGGAACUGCGAAGUCUGGCCGUACGAGUUCACCAGCUGGCAAGGAACGCGUCGGCCUCCUCUUCAGUCGUUCUUCCAGUGACGCCUGAUGAGGUCAGCGAUACGCUCUUUGGUACAGGACGUGAGUCGAGUACGCUUGCGACCCAUCAUCGCGGUUUUCCCGCGGCAUCUGCAGGAUGCGCAAGCAGCCCAACGCAGCAGCGUGGCGACGAGCGUCCGGAGCAAAUUACGAACCUUUUGCGAGAACACGUUGAUGCUCAAGCCAAAUUGAUCGAUCAUCAGCGGCAGGAACUCGCUAGAGUCCAUGUCGAGCUACUGGAGCUGAAGAGUUUCCUGCAAGGCCCAUUUCGACAAACGGAGAACGAUCAGGUUACGACACUUCAGAAGGAGCUGUGGAAGCACCGCAAAGCCAACGAAGCCUUUCAGGACGCUCUUCGGGAGAUUGGUGAAAUUGUCACCGCCGUCGCCCGGGGCGAUUUGACCAUGAAAGCCCGCAUGAGCACCAAGGAGCUGGACCCUGAGAUUACUACCUUCAAGCGCACUAUCAACGCUAUGAUGGACCGCCUGCAGACCUUCGCCAGUGAAGUUUCGAGAGUAGCCCGCGAAGUUGGAACAGAGGGAUUAUUGGGUGGGCAAGCACGUAUCGGAGGCGUCGACGGUACAUGGAAAGAACUAACGGACAAUGUGAACGUCAUGGCGCAGAAUCUCACCGAUCAAGUACGGGAAAUCGCCUCGGUCACGACGGCCGUCGCUCAUGGUGACUUGACGAAAAAGAUCGAACGACCAGCAAAGGGCGAAAUACUCCAGCUGCAGCAAACAAUCAAUACCAUGGUGGAUCAACUGCGUACCUUCGCUUCUGAAGUCACACGUGUUUCUAGAGACGUCGGCACGGAAGGUAUUCUCGGGGGUCAGGCGGACGUUGGUGGAGCGCAGGGGAUGUGGAACGAUCUGACUGUCAACGUCAACGCCAUGGCCAACAAUUUGACGACACAGGUGCGAGACAUAAUCAAGGUUACCACCGCAGUCGCCAAAGGAGACCUUACGCAGAAGGUACAGGCAGACUGCAGUGGAGAAAUAUACGAGCUGAAGUCUACGAUCAACUCCAUGGUGGAUCAGCUGCAGCAGUUCGCGCGCGAAGUCACCAAGAUUGCGAGAGAAGUCGGGACAGAGGGACGGCUCGGAGGCCAAGCCACAGUGCACGAUGUGGAGGGGACUUGGAAGGAUCUCACCGAGAACGUCAACGUGGCAAAGGGUGACUUGACGAAAAAAAUUGGGGUCGAAGUCAAGGGCGAAUUUCUGGAAUUGAAAAACACGAUAAACCAAAUGGUGGACCGCCUGGGCACAUUUGCGGCAGAAGUCAGCAAAGUAGCUCGAGAGGUCGGUACUGACGGCACACUCGGUGGUCAAGCCCAAGUUGCCAACGUUGAGGGCAGAUGGAAGGACCUGACCGAGAAUGUCAACACGAUGGCUUCAAACCUCACUGUGCAAGUCAGAAGCAUCUCUGCCGUCACACAGGCUAUUGCGAAUGGAGAUAUGAGCCAAACCAUCGACGUCGAGGCGAGCGGAGAGAUACAGGUGUUGAAGGAAACAAUCAACAACAUGGUCGAACGCCUGUCAAGUUUCUGCUACGAGAUGCAGCGGGUGGCGAAAGAUGUCGGUCUUGAUGGGAAAAUGGGUGCCCAAGCAGACGUCGCCGGCCUUAACGGUCGCUGGAGAGAGAUCACCACCGAUGUCAAUACAAUGGCGAGCAACUUGACCACGCAAGUUCGUGCGUUCUCCGACAUUACAAACCUAGCAACGGACGGCGACUUCACAAAACUUGUGGAUGUAGAAGCAUCCGGCGAAAUGGACGAGCUGAAGCGGAAAAUAAACCAGAUGAUAUCAAACCUCAGAGACAGUAUCCAAAGGAAUACACAAGCGAGGGAAGCAGCAGAACUGGCAAACAAGUCAAAGUCAGAGUUCUUGGCCAACAUGUCGCACGAGAUUCGGACCCCGAUGAACGGGAUCAUUGGGAUGACGCAACUGACCCUGGAUACCGACUUGACGCAGUAUCAACGAGAGAUGCUUAACAUCGUCAAAAGUCUUGCAAACAGCCUCCUCACGAUCAUAGAUGACAUCUUGGACCUCUCCAAAAUCGAGGCGAGAAUGAUGGUUCUCGAGGAGAUACCCUACACACUGCGAGGCACUGUCUUCAACGCUUUAAAGACGCUGGCUGUUAAGGCAAAUGAGAAACUGCUCGAUCUCACCUUCAAGGUCGACAGUUCGGUUCCUGAUUACGUCGUCGGCGACUCAUUCCGACUUCGACAGAUCAUACUCAACCUCGUGGGAAAUGCCAUCAAGUUCACUGAGCAUGGCCGGGUGAGCCUAACGAUACAAGUACAUAGGCUGGCCCACUCUGCGUCUGACGAGUACGUGGUCGAGUUUGUCGUCAAAGACACUGGCAUUGGCAUCGCCAAGGACAAACUGAACCUCAUCUUCGACACUUUUCAGCAAGCCGACGGUUCCAUGACGCGCAAAUUUGGCGGCACAGGACUAGGCCUGUCUAUCUCCAAGCGGCUUGUUCAACUGAUGGGUGGUGACCUUUGGGUGCAAAGUGAGGUGGGUAAAGGCAGCCAGUUCCACUUCACUUGCAAAGUGAAGCUCGCACCGGAUGAUGUCCCUAGCAUCCAGAAGCAGCUCCUGCCAUACCACGGCCAUCGAGUCCUUCUCGUUGAUAAGGCUCAAGCCCGGUCCGGGGCAGACCUCAGGGCCAUGGUCGAGCAAUUGGGACUUUCACCGGUCCUGGUCAGCUCUGACGACGGUUCAGCGCUUGCCCGAGUUCAAUCGGAGGGUAUACUGACUUACGACGCAUUACUUGUUGACUCCGUGGGUUCGGCUAUGGAACUAAGAGCCAUGGAUGGCUUUCAGUACUUACCCAUCGUCCUAUUAGCACCCGUUGUCGAUGUUAGUCUGAAGACUUGCGUUGACCUGGGAAUUACCUCCUACAUGACGACACCUUGCAAGCUCAUCGAUCUGUGUACAAGUAUGAUUCCAGCAUUGGAGAACAGGGCUACCCUGUCUUUCCCGGAAGGAACACGAACCUUAAAGAUUCUGCUCGCGGAAGACAAUACAAUCAACCAGAGACUGGCAGUCAAGAUCCUCCAGAAACACAAUCACAUCGUCACAGUGGCUGGUAAUGGGCUGGAAGCGGUAGAGGCAGUUACUGUGAAGUCAUUCGACGUAAUCUUGAUGGACAUACAAAUGCCCGUUAUGGUAACGCACAACUGUUGGAAGCCAAUCUAUCGCGUCUUUGGCUAA